GGCGACAAAUCGUGCCGCAAUUACAAGGACAUGAGGUCACACUCUGAAACAAAAAUUAAUCCGCCGUUGUAAGCAUACAGGCUACCGCAGAUAUCACAAGGGAGCCAUGAUUCCCAUGACAGAGUUUCGGCAAUUCUCUGAGCAACAGCCAGCGUUCCGCGUACUGAAGCCCUGGUGGGAUGUGUUCACUGACUACCUCUCUGUGGCCAUGCUCAUGAUUGGGGUGUUCGGAUGCACCUUACAGGUAAUGCAAGACAAAAUAAUCUGCCUUCCCAAAAGAAUGCCUAUGAUAAACCAAACAGGCCCCUUAAUAAACCAAACAGAGCUCAUGCUGGAGCCCACAUUUUCGCCUUCCAACUCUGUCCCACCUGAAAUGAAGGGGUUAAAGACCAAUCUGGACCUGCAGCAGUACAGUUUCAUAAACCAGAUGUGCUAUGAAAAAGCACUGCACUGGUAUGCCAAAUACUUUCCCUACUUAGUCCUCAUACACACCCUUGUCUUCAUGGUGUGCAGCAACUUCUGGUUCAAAUUCCCAGGCUCGAGCUCUAAAAUAGAACACUUCAUAUCUAUCUUGGGGAAGUGCUUUGAUUCACCUUGGACCACCAGGGCCCUGUCUGAGGUGUCAGGGGAAAACCCUGAAGAGAAGGACAAGAAGAAGAACAGCACCACCAGUAAGUCAAAUCUCAACCUGUCCACUACAGAAGGCAAUCUGGAAAAGACACAGUCCCUCAGGUCCAUCCCAGAAAAGAUUGUUAUUGACAAGCCAGCUGCAAGCGUCCUGGACAAGAAGGAAGGAGAACAAGCCAAGGCAUUGUUUGAAAAGGUAAAAAAAUUCCGACUUCAUGUGGAAGAGGGAGAUCUGCUGUACAUCAUGUACGUUCGCCAGACUGUACUCAAAGUGCUCAAGUUCCUCUUGAUCAUCGCCUAUAACAGUGCCCUGGUGCAAGAGGUGCAGAUCACUGUCAUGUGUGAUGUCGACAUUCAGGAUAUGACUGGCUACAAAAACUUCUCAUGCAAUCAUACAAUGGCUCACUUGUUUUCCAAGUUGUCCUAUUGUUACUUGUGCUUUGUGGGUGUUUAUGGACUAACCUGCCUGUACACUUCAUACUGGUUGUUCUACCGUUCUCUCAAAGAGUACUCAUUUGAGUAUGUGCGGCAGGAGACUGGGAUCGAUGACAUUCCAGAUGUAAAGAAUGACUUUGCAUUUAUGCUACAUAUGAUUGACCAAUAUGAUCCUCUGUACUCCAAGAGGUUUGCAGUGUUUUUGUCUGAAGUUAGUGAGAACAAACUGAAGCAGCUCAAUUUGAACCAUGAAUGGACUGCGGAGAAACUACGGCAGAGGCUACAGAUUAAUUCCAACAACCGCUUGGAGUUGCAGCUCUUUAUGCUAUCUGGGCUUCCAGACACCAUCUUUGAAGUGACUGAGCUUCAGUCCCUGAAGCUGGAGAUUAUCAAUAAUGUCACAAUACCAGCUGCCAUUGCUCAGCUUGAGGACCUCCAGGAACUCUCCCUCUAUCAGUGUUCUCUGAAAAUACAUAGUGCUGCCACCUCCUUCCUGAAGGACAACCUGAAGGUAUUGAGAGUAAAGUUUGAUGACAGCAGGGAGCUGCCACAGUGGAUGUAUAGCCUGCGCAACCUGGAAGAACUUCAUCUUAUUGGCUCCUUGAGUCCUGACUCCUCCAAGAAUAUUAUCCUGGAGUCCUUGCGUGAGCUUAAGUCCCUCAAGACCCUAUCCCUGAAGAGCAACUUCACCAAAGUCCCACAGUCUAUCGUGGAUGUAUCCACGCAUCUGCAGCGGCUGUAUAUCCAUAAUGAUGGCACCAGGCUGGUUAUGCUGAGUAACCUGAAGAAGAUGGUCAACCUGACUGAACUGGAGUUGGUGCACUGUGACCUAGAGCGCAUUCCCCAUGCUGUCUUUAGCCUUGUCAAUCUGCAGGAGCUGGACCUGAAGGAGAACAACCUCAAAUCCAUUGAGGAAAUCCUCAGCUUCCAACACCUGCGUAAGCUCACUUGCCUAAAGAUGUGGCACAAUGCCAUCACUUACAUUCCUGAGCAUAUCAAGAAACUGAGCAGUUUGGAGCGACUCUAUUUCAGCCACAACAAGAUCGAGAUCCUCCCCUCCCACCUUUUCCUCUGUAAUAAGCUGCGCUACCUUGACCUUUCCAACAAUGACAUCCGCUUCAUCCCGCCUGAGAUUGGUGUCCUCCAGAGUCUCCAGUACUUCUCUGUUACAUGCAACAAGAUAGAGAAUCUCCCAGAUGAGCUCUUCUUCUGCAAAAAGCUCAAGACCCUCAAACUGGGAAAGAAUACCUUGUCCUUGCUCUCACCAAAGAUUUCAUAUCUGGUUUUGCUGACACACUUAGAACUCAAGGGUAACCACUUUGAGAGUCUGCCACCUGAGCUAGGCUCCUGCCGGGCCCUGAAGCGCAGUGGUCUUGUGGUGGAAGAUGCACUCUUUGAGACACUGCCCUCAGAUGUUCAGGAACAAAUGAAAGUAGAGUAAUCUAUGAUAUCUCUGCAAAAUGCCAAAUUCCAAUGUUUGAAUCUGACAAUCCUAAUUGUUACAUGGUAGCAGUAGCAGUUAGCAGUUAGC